AUGGAAAAACUAGAAUUAGUUAAAGGUCAACAAAUUAAUUGUCCGGUUUACAUUAAAAAAGAAGUAUUGGAGAGAGAACCUACUUUUGGGGGGACUACCCUUGAAAAUGAAAAAGAAAUCCUUUUAGAAAGACCCAUCACUGAAAAGAAUUUAGAAAAGGAAUUAGCAAGAUGGCUAACUGAAAGAGAAGAAUUAAUUGCAGAUAAUCAAAAAAAAGAGCAAACUAUUACAAAUUUAGAAAGAGACAAGGAAAUUUGGAAAGAGGAAAAAGAGCAACUUCAAGGGAAAAUAGCAGAAUUGGAAAAAAACUUAAAGGAGGAAAAAUUAGAUAAAGAAGAAAUUCAAAAAAAUUUAGAGAAAUUGGAAAGAGAAAAAGGACAACUAAAUAACCCGCAACUAGAAUCAAAAAUAAUAGAAGCAUUAAUUGAAAGAGAAAUAGGAGUAGAAUCUUGA